AUGCUAAAAGAAACUGUUGAUAGCAGUAAGGAGGAUUUAGAAGAACAAAUUAGUGAUUCAUUUAAUCAGGAUAAAAAUAAUUUUCAACGUAAAUUGAGCUUAAAUAAAUUGGAUGGUCCGUAUUAUUCCUAUCAUGUCGAUAAAACUAUUUUAAAUAACGAUUCUGCAUACUGGGCACGACAUUCUGCAACGACACCUUCAGAAAACAUGCCGUCUGAUAUCGGAAACAUAAACGAUUAUGCCGAAGCUGAAUCAGAAGAAUUUGUAGAUGAGAAUAUUCAGGUCGAAUUGCAAACUAUCUAUACCGAAUUUCAAAAAUGUCUUGAAUUACGUGAUAAGUACAUGGAACUUUCACUACAAAGGUUGGGUGAUAAUCCUAAAGAUAAAAUUGGAUGGGUAGAAUAUCCUCAAUCACCGUAUGGACCACAUAAACGACAUGGUGACAAAAAUAGGCCUGUUGGCGAAGAGUUCAGAUUUGAUGAGUGUAUUAUACCUGAAAAACAUAAUUUUCUUUACGCGAUCGAUAAAGAUGGUGUUUAUCAAGUUUACAUUAAUCAAGAAUGCCUUGAUAAGGGAAUACCUGUUUAUGAAGUACCGAAGAAUAAAGAAUAUUUUAAGGACCUUGAUUACAUUCUUAAAGUAAUUUCCGAUGGGCCAAUAAAAAGUUAUGCAUACAGACGUUUACGUUACCUUGAAGGAAAAUGGAAUAUGUAUGUGCUACUAAAAGAAUUUCAGGAAAUGGCUGAUUCAAAGAGGGUUCCUCAUAGAGAUUUUUAUAAUGUUAGAAAAGUAGAUACCCAUGUUCAUCUAUCUUCAUGUAUGAACUCAAAACAUCUACUAAGGUUUAUAAAGUCUAAAUUAAAGAAGCAUCCUAAAGACGAAGUAAUUUACAGAGAUAACCAGGUGCUUACACUUACCAAAGUAUUUGAAAGUUUAAAUUUAACCGCAUAUGAUCUUAGUAUCGACACCUUAGAUAUGCAUGCCCACACUGAUUCAUUCCAUCGAUUUGAUAAAUUUAAUUUGAAAUACAAUCCUAUUGGAGAAUCUCGUUUAAGAGAAAUAUUUUUGAAAACAGAUAAUUAUGUCAAUGGAAGAUAUUUUGCAGAGCUUACCAGAGAGGUGAUUUCUGAUCUUGAAUCAAGCAAAUAUCAGAUGGCAGAAUAUCGAGUUUCGAUAUAUGGACGCUCAAAGUCUGAAUGGGAUAAACUAGCCAAAUGGGUUGUGGAUUUUAAAAUAUUCUCACCGAAUGUUCGUUGGCUUAUUCAAGUUCCAAGACUUUACAAUGUAUAUAAAGAAGCCAAAACUGUUGAAAAUUUUGAAGAUAUUCUUAAAAAUUUAUUCGAACCCUUGUAUGAGGUUACGAAAGAUCCGAGAUCUCAUCCGGAGUUGCAUGUAUUUCUCCAACGUGUAGUGGGAUUUGAUAGUGUAGAUGACGAAUCUAAAGCAGAACGACGUAUUCAUAAAAAAUACCCUUGCCCAAAAGAUUGGAGUACGAACCUUAAUCCACCUUAUUCUUAUUAUUUAUAUUAUAUGUAUGCUAAUAUGACAAGUUUGAAUCAAUGGAGAAAAGCUAGAGGAUUUAAUACUUUUGUUCUUCGGCCACACGCUGGUGAAGCUGGAGAUACUGACCAUUUAGCUUCAGCUUUUCUUACUUCAAAAUCUAUAUCACACGGAAUCUUGUUACGCAAAGUUCCUGCGUUACAAUAUCUUUAUUAUCUUAAACAAAUCGGAAUAGCAAUGUCUCCCUUAUCUAAUAAUGCUUUAUUUUUGAAUUACGAAAGAAAUCCUUUCUUAAGCUUUUUCCAGAAAGGUUUGAACAUAAGUUUAAGUACAGACGAUCCUCUUCAAUUUCACUACACUAGAGAACCAUUAAUUGAGGAGUAUAGCGUUGCUGCUCAGAUUUGGAAAUUAUCAUCUUCGGAUAUGUGUGAACUUGCACGUAAUUCAGUUGUACAAAGUGGAUUUGAAAUGGCGAUUAAAAAACAUUGGCUAGGAAAAGAAUGGUACAUCCCCGGUAAAAAAGGAAACGAUAUUCAUAAAACCAAUGUUCCCGACUUAAGAAUGGAAUUCCGAUAUGAAACUUUACUUGAAGAGAUUAAAAUGAUCUUAAAAUACUCUUCAAAGAAAUCAUCAUCGCCAUUUAUCUGCAACACAAUUCAUAUGGUUCCGCAACCUCGACCGCCAAUGCGUUCAGGCUCCAUUUUAUCUGAAAGUGACCUUGGCGUUAUACCAGGGGUUUCAAUGUUUACUGCUAAGAUGCUUAAAGAGAAACUUAGCACGUUGGAUGAUAGGGAUGAUUAUUUUAGCUAA